AUGGCCACCCCAAGGCUGCCUUUCCUGUAUCCAAAUUUGAUGCGGGCAGUGCGGGCAUGUGAGCCUAGUACAUACCGCUCACUGCGAUUCCCAUACAAUCCCACUCAUCGCCUCCAUACCAGUCGGCGGCGCGAGCGCGAAGCCUACCAGCGCCGUUAUGGUCCAGCUGUCGAACCGAAUACUCCUCCGCUGCGUCCGAAGGACGGCUCACUUGAUCAGAUUCAAGAGGCUCCAGAAAAUGAAAACAAGGCUUUGAAUGCCUCCGAACAGGAGGAAGCUUCGCCGGAAGAGUCACAGGCGGAAGCGACACCUGAGGAAAACCAGCAAGAACCCGCAACGACCGCCUCGUCGUCAACCCCGGCCCUAGAUCAACAGGAUGAAGCUGAAACACCGGAACACAAGCCCCCGACAGACCGUGAACCACACGAGGAGCAGACAGCGGAAUUGGACGGUGCCGAACAGGAACCGGCCUCGGCUUCUCCGUCACCUCCUUCCGCAGGCCCAUCGGAAGAAAGUACGGACACAUCUUCGUUCACAAAUCAAACUCCGUUCGAUGACGUUCUUCAUAUGCCCUCACCGUCCGUCUACCUCACUCCAACCGGGGGACCUUCCUCGUCCGACGAUCGCCCGCCACAUUUAUCGCCAGGGCGGUACGUGCACCAUUUCGAUACAUACUCGCUGGUCCAGGAUCUUUCCAAAGGAGGUUUCAGCAAUGAACAUUCUACAACAAUCAUGAAGGCUGUGCGGGGCAUCCUACAGAACAACCUCGAUUUGGCCAGGCAGAGCCUCACUUCUAAAUCUGAUGUCGAGAACGAGGAAUACCUGUUCAAAGCAGCCUGCUCCGAGCUUCAGUCAUCACUUCAGACCGCUCGAAACUCAGAAGUUCAGCAUCAGCGCUCGUCACGCACACAACUGCAGCACGAAACGGAUAUCAUCUCGCAGCGUCUCAGCCAGGAGCUUGCAGGCAUGAGAGACGACAUCAAGGGCAUGUUCAAUGAUCACAAGAUGACUACGCGAGAGCAGCAGCGCAGCAUCGAUACCUCGGUACAGGAGCUGAAUUACAAGAUCACUGUUUCGUUGAACAGUGAUGGAAAGAGCGAGAUCGAGGGCCUUCGAUGGAUCUUGACCAGACGCGCUGCUUCGACGGUUGCUAUCUGUGCUUUCAUGAUCAUUGUCUUCUUGAAGUACGCAUCCACUCGCAAGGUCCACGAGCCCAAGAAAGUGGAGGCGGAGAAACCCACCGUCACAGAGACUGCUACAGAGACUCGUGUGGCCCAGGACCAUGGCAUCCAGAUUGACGCUCCGUGCGCUGAGCCACACCUCGGCGAGUCUCUUGGCUAA